AUGAAAUUCUCGUGGUUUGUUCUUCUAAUCAUUUUGGUAGUUUGCCAAACGGUUACAUUAUAUAGGCUCUCUAAUGAUGAUGAUAAUAAUGAUUCUCAUGAGGAAAAUAUUGAAAAAAAAUCACUUACUUCUGAACAAUUAGCUAAACUCAAUGAAUAUUUCUCACUUAAAUAUAAUCAAGAACCAUUAUCUGAAGUUUUAACUCGUAUGAUACAUUAUCCAAAUGAAAAUCAUAUAACUAAACGUGAUGCUUUAUGGACAACAACAGAAGUUCUCGAAUGUAUUCGACGCUUGAGACAUUCGAAAAACAUAUCAAAACUUGAUCUUGUUACUGAAAUGCUCAAUUGCUAUCGACGUUUAAAACAUCGUGGUUAA